AACACACUCACGGAUACCGAUCCAUACAAUAGUGUCGAACUCCCCACUUCCCCAAUAACAAUCCCAUAACAUUUUUAAUUAUCUUCUAAUUUUACUGAAGACUAAUUGAUAUUGCAUCGCUCCCAUGUAGAGAAUCAAUUUCAUCUGGAACGUUUUCAGGGAACAAGAAUGAUCUUGUUACCUUGACAAUCAUGUACAUGUACAUUUCAGUUUGACUUCUACCAAAUAUUCUUUCAGCGCCAUGCCUACAGGGAUAUUUAGUACAUGGGACCAUCAGUUCAUCGAUAAUGAGCAAGUUGUCACGGACAGGAUUAAGGAGAACCCCAGAUAUCCAUUCAAGGAGGAGGAAAACUUGUUUGUUCUUGAAUAUCUCCAUGGGAACAUCUGGAAAGGUUCCCUGUUGCUGAUCGCCUCCAUCAUUGGAACUGCCACGUACCUGAACAUUGAUUUAGAUGACCACAAUAAGUAUGGAGGUUUCCUUGUGUUCAGCUUGUGCCUCUCUCUAUGGCUACUCAGUUCUGGAGCCUUCCGCAGACGCCUUGUGAUUGAUCAUAUGAAUAAGGAGUACCGUUUCUACAUACACGAACACCUGCGCCACAGUGGCCCUCUGCAUCAAAUCUAUAUCCGGCUAAUUUCACAGAAGAGCGGACAAGGUCGACGUAUGUUCAAGCUGAUGCUGAAUGGUUACAAGAUUGAAGAAAGGGAGCUCAGUGGCUUCUCAGAGAAAUAUGAAUUAUUGGAGUGCCAAGGACGCAGGAUAGCCAACAAGCUGAACCUUAACUACUUUGACUACGCAGACAUCUCCAAACGCCACAUAGUUGUUCACCGGCCUAAAGUCAAACUUUCUGAAACAUUACCAAAGGUCUAAGGAGACCCCUCUCUACUGUAUUCUGAUUAGCAAGUGCUAAAACACCUUUUGACAAAGUUUGGACCUCUCCUUUAGAAUUAAUGAAGCAUAAUUGUGCAAGGACAAGCCUACCACGAAAACGUGGAUGUAGAGCUUAUUCAAAUA